CUGCUGGCGUGUGCCGGGGCAGCGCCGGGAUGAGGCUGCUCCCGAGCCCAGCCCGCCAGCCCAGCAGCUGGGGCGAAGCCCGUAUCCCUGGCUGUGGAGCAGCGGCAGCGCCUGCGCCUCGCUCGUGGCCUCUCCGGGGAGGAAAGGAAUGUGUGUGUGUGUGUGAGGGAGGGAGGGGGGCACAGAACUUUCAGCAAAUCGAGCUGGAAUUUUCAAAUUCUCCAUUCCCCGCAACCGCUGAAAACACCGCUGUUUUACUUCCCACCCCCUUCCCCUCCUCCUCGACGUUGUGUUUGGCUUUUUAUUUUUAUUUUUUUUAAAUUACUUUAUUAUUUUGGAUCUCUUUGUAAGUUGCGCUCCCCGUCCGCACCCGCCCGCUCGGCGGCCGCGGGGCGACUCCGGCAGGGCUGGGGCUCGCCUUUGCCUGCCCGCCCGCCUGCCUGCCUGGCUUUUUUGCAGGGCUGCUGGGAGUUGUGAAGGCGUGUGAGAAUCCUGGGAGCUGGUGAUGUCAGACCGCUUGGGUCAUUUGAAGGUUAGCAGCCUGGGAAGGGUUCACGGAAAGUUCACUCGCAUAUAUUAGGCAAUUCAAUCUUUCAUUCCCUGUGACACAAGUAGUAGGAAGUGAGCUGUUCAGAGGCAGAAGCAUCUAUUCACGGCCGAGGGGGAUCCCGAGCCUCCACCGGAGCUGUUUUAUCCCGGGGAGGUGGGCGAUUGGCACGGCGUGGGACGCGGCACACACCCGGCGAGCGCCCCAGGAGCUGGACUGACUCUCAAGAAAUUUUGGGGGGAAAUUGAUGGUAGCUAAAACUUGGAAUGCAGCUCGCAUCCCCCCAUCUUGCUGGAUUGGCUGGGCAGCCUGGAAAAUGGUAAAUGAUCAUUUGGAUCAAUUACAGGCUUUUAGCUGUGUUGUCUGUCAUAAUUCAUGAUUCUGGUCUGGGAAAAAGACCAACAGCCUACGUGCCAAAAAAGGGGCAGAGUUUGAUGGAGUUGGGUGUACUUUUAUGUGCCAUUUUCCUCCACACCUAGAGGAAAGCACUUUUGCAGGCAUUCUGUGCAGGGGGAAUCAUGUUUGACUGUAUGGACGUUCUAGCAGUGAGCCCUGCUCAGAUGCUGGAUUUCUACACUGCGAGUCCGUCUUCCUGCAUGCUCCAGGAGAAGGCUCUCAAAGCAUGCUUCAGUGGAUUGGCACAAACAGAGUGGCAACACCGGCACAGUGCUCAAUCAGUUGAAACUCAGAGCACCAGUUCUGAGGAACUUGUUCCGAGCCCUCCUUCACCACUUCCACCCCCUCGUGUUUACAAGCCCUGUUUUGUUUGUCAAGACAAGUCAUCCGGAUAUCACUAUGGUGUCAGUGCUUGUGAGGGAUGUAAGGGCUUUUUCCGCAGGAGUAUCCAGAAGAACAUGGUUUACACAUGUCACAGAGAUAAAAACUGUGUUAUCAAUAAAGUUACCAGAAAUCGCUGCCAGUACUGCAGACUACAAAAGUGCUUUGAAGUGGGAAUGUCCAAAGAAUCUGUCAGAAAUGAUAGGAACAAAAAGAAGAAGGAACCUUCAAAGCAGGAGUCCACAGAAAACUAUGAAAUGACAGCAGAGUUAGAUGAUCUUACUGAGAAGAUCCGAAAAGCUCACCAGGAAACCUUCCCCUCACUCUGCCAGCUGGGAAAAUACACUACGAACUCCAGCGCAGAUCAUCGGGUUCGACUGGACCUUGGGCUCUGGGACAAAUUCAGUGAACUUGCAACGAAGUGCAUUAUUAAAAUAGUGGAAUUUGCAAAGCGAUUGCCAGGCUUUACAAGUUUGACCAUUGCAGACCAAAUAACUCUACUCAAAGCAGCCUGCCUGGAUAUACUGAUCCUUAGAAUUUGCACAAGAUACACACCAGAACAAGACACCAUGACCUUUUCAGAUGGCCUUACCCUAAACCGAACUCAGAUGCACAAUGCCGGAUUUGGCCCGCUGACUGAUCUCGUGUUCACAUUUGCCAACCAGCUCCUGCCUUUGGAAAUGGAUGAUACAGAAACAGGUCUCCUUAGUGCCAUCUGCCUAAUCUGUGGAGAUCGCCAGGACCUUGAAGAACCAAUGAAAGUGGAUAAGCUUCAGGAACCCUUGCUUGAAGCACUGAAAAUUUAUAUCCGAAAGAGACGACCCAACAAGCCUCAUAUGUUCCCAAAGAUCUUAAUGAAAAUCACGGAUCUUCGUAGCAUCAGUGCAAAAGGUGCAGAACGUGUCAUUACAUUGAAAAUGGAAAUUCCUGGAUCCAUGCCACCUCUUAUUCAGGAAAUGUUGGAGAACUCUGAAGGACAUGAACCACUGACACCAACCUCAAAUGGAAAUACUGCAGAACACAGUCCCAGUAUCUCACCUAGUUCAGUGGAUAACAGCAGUGUCAGUCAAUCCCCUAUGGUGGAAUAAGACAUUUUCCAGCUACUUCAGACAUUCCUAAUACCUUAUGUACAGGGAUGAAAAGCAAGAAAAACAUUUUUACUGCUGCUUAGUUUCUGGACUUAAUAUAUAUCUAUAUAUGUAUAUAUAUAUAGAUAAACUCAACAAGGACCAAGAAAUUUUCAUAUGUAUCGAUAUAUACUCCUUGCUGUUUAAACUCUUAAAACUAGAAAAUGCAAACUUUUGAAACUCUAAAUCAGCCAUUUCAUGCAAAAAAAAAAUAGUUAAGCUUCUGUUUUCUUCUCUGAACACUCAAUAUUGCAUGGUGACAAGACAGAUCUCAGUCUUCAAAUUCUGGUUGCAUUUCUGAUGACUUUGUACAUACAAAUGUAUGGCUGUACUCUCCAUACUGGAUGUUUGGUGCUUUCCUUUUGUCUCUCAUACCUAAAACGAUCAAGACACCAACCACAGGAUAUGGACUACUGUACACAUCCAGAGAAGGAAGUUGAAAGGACCGUCUGAUUUAGUUGAAAUAUGAAAAUUUGUCCUUGCCGCCCUCAGUUUGCAUCUCCUUCCUUGUAAAAAGUAUACAAAAUGUCACUGCCCCAGCAGAAGAGGUAUCAGUAUCAGCAUUAACUGCCAGAUCAGUUAUUCAGAUGUCAUUUGUUCCACUGUUAAUGUCACUUUAAAGUUUAAAGAAGUGGUUUCUUAGCUGGCUGGUGACCUAGCUCCACAAUUACCUGCUCCAUUUUGACAGCAAUGCUAUAGCCUCCAAGGCAGAAACACUUUUCAGUGUUACCAUGUUUUUGUUUACUUGUUCACAAGCCAUUAGGGAAACUUCAUGGGAUGAUAACCAGCAGACUCACUUACAGCUUUUGAAUCGCUGAGUCCAGGGUAUUUCCUUAAGAAUCAACUGCCAGGAAAUCAGCUGGGCUUUCCAGCCUUCCUGGUGCUAAGGAAGUACAGCUAGGACUUCCAGAAACACAAGGAGAGAAUCUGCCUUCUUGGCCUUGUUAAAUCACCAUGAAGCAGAGUGAAAACUGUGGUAGAAUGGUUAACAGAUUUAAAGUGUCAGUUUCUUAGGUUUCAUUUAAAGCACUAGUGGAAUUUUUUUUUUUUUAUAUAUUCUAGCAAGUCUGUGAUGUACUUUCACUGGCUCUGUUUGUACAUUGAGAUUGUUUAACAAUGCUUUCUAUGUUCAUAUACUGUUUACCUUUUUCCAUGGAGUCUCCUGGCAAAGAAUAAAAUAUAUUUAUUUU